UAGUUCAUAGUUGAGAGUUGACUGUUUUAGGGUGUGGGCCGUUUAGUUUAGACUUAUUUAUUAUGAAGUAUUACGUUCUAAAUAAUAAGGAUUAAUUUAAUUUAAUAAUAUUAUUUCGUUUUCGUCAAUACAUCUUAUAAAUCACAUUCGUCUUUGUUUUAAUUUUUGUAGCAUAAUAGACCACAAUCAAAAAUAAUUAUACUAAUUAUCUAAUUUUAUAACACGAUAUUUUUUUAUACCGAAAAUAAUUGUCUAAAAUGCAGCUUCCUGAUCGAAGAAAACUUUUUCAAAACCGUCAUAAUCGUAGAGAAGAAAUUGAAGCUCAACUGCGUAGAGCACAAAUUGAAGAUCAGUAUAGUACUGAAGAUUCUAGUACUGAAGAUGAGUCAUCUGAAGGUGAAUCAGAAGACGAAGUGAUUCAUGAUGAGUCAAUGGGUAGUGAAUUAGAAGAAGUAAUAAAUGAAGAUGAAUCAGAAGAAGAAUAUGAUGAAUCUGAAAAGGAAGAUGAUGAAUCAGAAAAAGAAGAAAGUGAAUUAGAAGAAGAAGAAGAUGAAGAUGAAUUAGUAGAAGAAGAAGUUGAUGAAGAAGAGUGCAAUUUGAGUUUAAGUAAAAAUAGCUUAACUAAUGGCUGUGGUAGUCACAAUAAAUCUAAUAAUAUGUCUUUGAAUUCAAUAGAAGUUACAGUUGAUGAUAGUGAAAUAUCUGAUAUCUAUGAUAAAUCAAUUAAUGAGACACUUUCUGAUAAUACUCCAAUUGCUAUAAACAAUAAUGAACUAAUGAAUGGAAAUAAUUCUGAUGAUUUUGAAAAUUCACAAUAUUUGUGCGACCCUAAUGUGAAUGAUCGAAAAAAUCAAGUUAUUGAAUGGAUGGUUACCAGAGAAAGUCAAAAACCAUAUGGAGGAAUAAUUGCAACUGAUAUGGGUACCACUGAUUGUAAAAUUACAAUAUUAUUGAAAUUGUUAUCGAAGUCCAACGUUCCUAAUUCAGAUAACACACAAUCAGAAGGAGAGUCUGAUUUAGAUGAAACUAUUUUCGCAAGAGGAUGCACAUUGAUUUUGUGCCCAAGAUCAAGUAUAGAUGAUUGGAUUGAUUCUAUUGACAGACAUGUAAAACCUGGUACAUAUAAUGUGUGGGUACACUAUGGAAAAAAUCGAGAUAUAUCAAUAUAUGAUUUAACUCAAAAAGAUAUUGUUAUCACAACAACUACAUUGGUUCUGACAGGUUUCCGCAACAAAGAAAAUAAUCCAUUAUAUCAAAUAAAAUGGCAUCGAAUAAUAUUGGAUGAUAUUAAGCUUUAUAAUUAUAAACAACAAACUUCCAAGGCUUUAUGUCAAUUAACAGGCAUUUGUCAUUGGGUUUUUUCUACACAAACAAUUAUUAACAACAAUGAUGAUGAAGCUAUCUAUAGUUUAAUUAAAUUUUUAAAUUUUAAACCAUUAAAUACGUUUGAAAAUUGGAAAAAUUUGAUGAAAACAAAUCAAUCUGUAUCAAUGUAUGAAAAGUUGAGGAAUUUAUAUUAUAAUAAUAAAAUUGUUUAAAUAGAAGUACCUACAAUAUUUAUUACCUAC